GCAGCAGCACGUGGAGCGACCCCGGAGCCUGAGCGACAGCUGCAGCCCGCGCGGCCCGCGGCGACAUGGAAGAUAUACAACCGAACGCGGAGCUGAAAAGCACCGAGGAGCAGCCUCUGCCCACAGAAAACCCAGAAGCUCUGAAUGACUACAGUUUACCCAAACCGCAUGAGAUUGAAAAUGUGGACAGCACAGAAGCCCCAGCCAAUGAAGAUGAAGAUGCAGGAGAAGAUACGAUAAAAGUGAAAGAUGAAUACAGCGACAGAGAUGAGAACAUUCUGAAGCCGGAGCCCAUGGGAGAUGUGGAAGAGAGUGAAAUGCCUUACAGCUAUGCAAGAGAAUACAGCGACUAUGAAAACAUGAAGCUGGAGAGACAGGUGCCCUACGACAGCAGCAGACCAACCGGUGGGAAGAUGAACUGCGAUGUGUGCGGAUUACCCUGCAUUAGCUUCAACGUCUUGAUGGUUCAUAAGCGAAGCCAUACGGGUGAACGUCCGUUCCAGUGUAAUCAGUGCGGGGCAUCUUUUACUCAGAAAGGUAACCUCCUCCGCCACAUCAAGCUGCACACGGGGGAAAAACCUUUUAAGUGUCACCUCUGCAACUAUGCAUGCCAAAGGAGAGAUGCGCUCACGGGACACCUGAGGACACAUUCUGUGGAGAAGCCCUAUAAGUGUGAGUUCUGCGGAAGAAGCUACAAGCAGAGAAGCUCCCUGGAGGAGCACAAGGAACGCUGCCGUGCUUUUCUUCAGAACCCUGACUUGGGGGAAGCCGCAAGUGUGGAGGCAAGACACAUCAAAGCAGAGAUGGGAAGUGAAAGAGCCCUCGUCCUGGACAGGUUAGCAAGCAAUGUGGCUAAACGAAAAAGCUCGAUGCCUCAGAAGUUCAUCGGUGAGAAACGUCACUGCUUUGACGCCACCUACAAUCCCGGUUACGUGUACGAGAAGGAGAACGAGAUGAUGCAGACCCGGAUGAUGGACCAAGCCAUCAAUAAUGCCAUCAGUUAUCUCGGGGCUGAAGCCCUUCGCCCCUUAGUCCAAACUCCGCCUGCUCCCACCUCUGAGAUGGUCCCAGUGAUCAGUAGUGUGUACCCCAUAGCACUUACUCGGGCCGAUAUGCCCAAUGGGGCCCCACAGGAGCUGGAGAAGAAACGGAUCCUCCUGCCAGAGAAGAUCUUGCCUUCCGAACGAGGCCUGUCUCCCAAUAACAGUGCCCAGGACUCCACAGACACUGACAGCAACCACGAGGAUCGCCAGAACCACAUCUACCAGCAAAGCCACGUGGUCCUCCCCCAGGCCCGCAACGGGAUGCCACUCCUGAAGGAGGUCCCUCGCUCUUUUGAACUCCUUAAGCCCCCUCCCAUCUGCCUGAGGGACUCCAUCAAAGUGAUCAACAAAGAAGGGGAGGUGAUGGAUGUGUUUCGCUGUGACCACUGCCACGUCCUCUUCCUUGAUUAUGUGAUGUUCACCAUCCACAUGGGGUGCCAUGGUUUCCGUGACCCUUUUGAGUGUAACAUGUGUGGAUAUCGAAGCCAUGAUCGUUACGAAUUCUCCUCUCACAUCGCCAGAGGAGAACACAGAGCCAUGCUGAAGUGAGCAUCAUCUCAAAGCUCACGUCUAAGGGUCAACACUGUUUUGAAAGGCUGAUGAUAGCCUUAUCCAGUAGACUGAACUCAAACCCACAGUCCCGCCCAGUUAUGUUUAGCUCUCAAUCCUGUCCGCAUGAGCAGUCGGGGAAAUACUGUCUUCAU